UGAACACGUGCCCCCUGCAGACUGAGAGCAGGGCUCGCGCAGCCCCGCGCGCUGACUCCUCCCACCGAGUUGUCCUGGGAAACACUAACAACUGGAAGAAAGUGCACUCGAGCCUCCCGUUUUGUGGACGAGGACUUACAGUAGACAGUGUUUUUGUCCUUCCGGAGGAGUAUUAUGCGUCCGAAAGCCGCCGCUUCUCCUCCUCCUUCACGCUGAGCCUCAUCUGCUCCAGUGUCCACGGACAUGAAACUCAACCCACAGCAAGCUCCACUCUAUGGGCUGUGUGUGAUCACGGUGCAGCUCGCUGAUGGAGAGCUGGCUGCAGACGACGAGAGCCUUGACUACUUCCUGCUGUUUUCUGGCAGCACACAGAGGCACCUGACCAGCACCCUGAGGAGCAGUCAUGACACCUUGCAGGCGCUGUGUCCCGCUCAUGACUGUUGCGAGGUGGUGCGGGUCACCUUGUGUUCAGCCAGCCGAGGCGUACCCGAGUCCCCCGAGGACCUAACGCCCUGUCUGGGUCGCGUGGCUCCAUUGGCCGAGCAUCCAUUCGGCUUUGUCCAGGAUUUGGCUUUUGACCUGGCCCAGUUCCUGGUGAGCACCGCGGGCCGAGUCGACGGCCUGGAAGGGGCCUUGCUGCUGGACGAGUGUCGGAUUCCCUCGCAGGAGUGCGAGCGCCUGGACGAGAAGCUGGCGCUGGCCCUCCACCACCUGACGCUGCCUCCGGGAUGGAGCUUACUGGGGAACCAGCUGACCAACGGCACUGACCUGAAUCCUCAGGAGACUCUGCUGCACUUUUCAGCGCGUCGAGGUCUCCUUCGGGUGACGCGCUUCUUACUGCAGCAGGCCGGAGCAGGGGAAGCACUGCGAUUGGCCAACAGACAAGGCCACACCCCCUCCACCAUCGCAACCCUGCGAGGACACGAGCGCCUGCACGAGCUCCUCGCCCAGGCCGAGACGGACAAAGGGGCCGAGCCCGCCCAGCUGGUGUCCACGGACGCCCGGCUCGUCUGCCACCUCCCGGCGCUGAACACGCACACCCUGACGCUGAGCAACCGGCCGGGCCACGACCCCCCGACCCUGCGGGAGAGCGUGGAGCAGCUGCUGCACCUGAUCUGCCACCUCCAUGCCAAGGGGGUUUCUGCACUGGAGCUGAAGUUUGAGUCUCUGCACACAGCGGCUGAAUGCUGUGAUGGGGCAGAAACGGAGAUAACGCGUCUGGAGCGGCCACAGCUGCCUGCCACGGCCUCAGACUGCUUGGAUACAACGAGAGGGGGGAGCUGGGUGGAGAACUGCUCCGUGGACUGUGGACAUGGUGGGACUGCGGGGGCGACGAGGGACUGGAGUUUGUCUGUGAGCGCUCCGGGGUCAGAAGUGCGGCUCCGGGAGCAUGGCCUCGGCCCCCCAGCGGACUGUGAGUUCCCCGGCACAAACACUGGGAGAGAUUGCUUCCAGACGGAGCCGGAGAGAAGGGAGCAGCCCGCUGUGAGUCCGUGUGACGAGGCUGAGGGAGCGCAGAGCGGGGAGGAAGGGGCCCGCCCCGCCGUCGGGAUCCCGCCGCCGUCAGGCGCUGAUAAGCGCGCAGAGGAAAGCGAUAGAGAGGCGGUGAUCCGGGAAGGACAGGAGGCCGCUGAAGGAGAGGACGCAGCAGAGCAGGAAGCAGAGGAGGACAGCACAGCUACAAGGAGGGAGGAGACGACUAGCUCUGACUCAACCGAUCCAAUAAAGCUCUGUGGGGACACAAAGGCGUCGACCAUGGGCCAGUCGCCGUCAUCAGACACCUCAGAUUGUGAAAUGAAGGAGUGCCCCCAGGAAGGAGGAACUCGUGGGGGACUUAGUCAAGCACAGUGUGAGGGGUUCUCUUUCCAAGAGGGGGAGGCCGAGAGGGAGGGGUUAACAGAGCCUGUCACAGACCCGCGGGGCCUCCCUGACUCGCCUCCGAUUGACUGCCGUGAUGUAACCACGGAGCCCGAUUCUGCUGUUCCACGUCUCCUGGUAGACCGCCCCCACGAGAGGGAACCUCCGCCAGACAUAAACAGCCUGGAACAAAACCAGGAAACAGCUGGCGGGGAUUACGCUGCAGAGAGCAGCCCGGGACCAGCGAGCGUCAAGGAGCUAGACGCUGGAGACGCUGCCCAACCUGAUCCUGAACCUGAACCCGGAUCCACACACUGCAUCCAAAGCGCUGCUUUGCCCAUGGAGGAACCCGACGCCGCGGCCGACAGCCCGACUGCCGGCUCCUCCACGGGGGAUCCGGCACCGGGACUGGCGCACUGCUCCGCUGAUCCCGAUCCAGCGAUGACCCACAGCCUCUCCAGCGACAACAAUGGCAGUUUCCGCUCAGGCGGAAGUUCCACGGCGGAUUUGUUUCACCCAACUCUGGACGACUGUAGUACGAAAGAUCAGAACAUGCCUCGAACCGCGACAGCAGAUCUGUCCUCGACGGGGUUACCUGCCGAGGAACCCAUUGAUUCACCGCGUAGGGAGAGCGGCGAAAGCCACCCCGCCGCCACUGCACCCACAGUGACGGAGUCAGAGCCCGUAUCCCAGCCCCCGCCUAGCCAGGACACCACGGAGGCUUUGAAUCCAGAGGGCACCGGGGAGGAACUAUACCCAGAACCUCCCGAAGGGCAUCUGUCUCCUGAGAGCUGGGACACGGAGACAGAGGGCUCGGCACCAGAGGUCCCCGCCGGGAUUUUACCGGAACCCGGUUCACCAGACGGGGCAGGAAGUGAAGUUGAAGAAGGCCGUCAGUCAACAGAAACCUGUGAUCAAUCAGCAGUGGGCUCGGCUGAAGAGAGUGUCGACCAGCGACCCGGGCAGCGCGAUUCUGAGAUGAAAGCGGACGAGAGGUCACGCUGUGACGAUCGGACCGCCUCGGAAGGCGAAGCGCUGAGUCCUCGCUCUGAGGGCGAGGAGAAGGACGGCCGGGAGACUCCCGACGCCGUGGACGGAGCAUUGCAAGGCCGGGCCGGUGCUGUUCAAGAGUUGGAAGCCAUCAUGUCUGGAGGAACAGUAAUAGGCGUCCCGGAGGACGAAAAUGCCCCCCCAGAGGAAACGGACGUCUCCAUGAUCCACCGAGACAGAGAGGCGUCGUUCCAUCAGCCCUGCAACACUCAGCACUCAGGUUCCUCACAUUCCCUCCCCAGGGUUCCCAGUCUCUCCCAGUGUGUCUCCUCGGCUCACAGAGACUGUGGCAGUGACGUAGAAAGCCUCCUGAUCGCCGAGCCGGAGUAUGACAGCGUCUUCACAAAGAGCAAUGAACCAGUGACGGGAGGAGACAGUGCCAGCGAGGUCUCCGUUUCCUGCUCCUCCACGGACGACACCGCCAGCGUCGGCCCGUCCAGCUCCAGCCCCGAGGGCAGCCAGGGCCUGGAAUGCAGCUGGAGCCCAGAGGAGGCCGGGGCUCCGAUCGCUGCAGGUGGUGGUGGUGGAGCAGCAGCUGAAGCUGAAGAAGAAGCCAAGGACAGAGUGACGGAGGUGCCGCGACGCUCCAGCAUCCUCCGCAACAGCCUCCGCUCCCUGUCGCCUCUUCGCCGCCACAGCUGGGGUCCUGGAAAGAACAACGGAGCAGACUCUGAGAUGAACCAGAGGAGCUCCAUCCGUGGCCCUGGUGAGGGGAAGCCGACCUUUCACAGGAGAAGCUACAGCCUGGAGGGGCUCAGUGCAGUCCAGGACGAGGUCAGGGGCCCCACCACUCAAAGGCCCCGGAUCCUGGAGGCUUCCAGGAUGCCCCGACGUGAUGGCGACGACAGGGGCUCCCUGGUGUCUUUGACAGAGGAGCAGGAGGAGCUGGGGCAGCAUGGCCAACUGCAUGACCUGAAAUCAAGGCGGUAUCGGCCUCUGCGAAACAGUUGUCCUCCCAUGACCCUCCCCCUCACCAAGUCUGUAUCCAUGCUCGCCAUCAGCCAGAGAGACACUGAUGGUAUGAGGUCGUUUUCCAGCGCCUCCGGCUCCCUAGCGUACAGUAUAUCUGAGGAGGAACCGGGCCCUCUGCGGAGCGACACCGAGGGCAAGAGCGUGACGAAAGUCAGCCGGACUUUCAGCUACCUCAAGAACAAGAUGUACAAAAAGACCAGGGAAAAGGACCGCGAUAAAAGGGAGAAAGACAAGGAGGUCAAGGAAAAGGACAAGAAGACAAUCAACAGCCAUCUUUUCACACCAGUGAGCCCGUGCCAGGCCCUCCAGUGCUUCCAGUGCAACAAGGCUUUUAACAGCAAGGAGGCGUUCCAGUGCACAUACUGUAACGCCUCUGUCCACAAGAGCUGCAGGGACAGCCUGCCUGUUUGUGCCAAGGUGAAGAUGAAGCUGCCCAAACAACAGUUUUCAGUACCAGAUUCAAGCCCGUUUCCUACGGUCACCAUGAGGAACAAAGCUGGUGGAACAAGGGAGCGACCCUGGUCUGCCAUCUUGUGCCCCGAAGAUCAUCCUUCCUUAAUCUCAUCAAGGAGACACACCAGCAUCAUGACUUUCCAUGGCAACAACCUCUCCAAGAGUCUCUCUAUAAGCAACAUCGCAGGUCCGGUGUUUGAUGACAUGCCCAUUAAAGGCCUGCGGUAUCUCUCGCAGUCUACCGACUCCCUCAACAGAACCAACCAGGUCACAGAGUCCAUGGAAUCACUCACUGAUGAAGGGACGGAGAUGAUGGACGGCCAGCUGAUGGGGGAGUUCGAGGCCGAGGCCAAGGAGCUGGAAGCAGACUCUUGGAGUUUAUGUGCGGAGCAGCAGCAGUACCUGCAGCAGCUGGACAAAGAGCUCGCCAAGAAGCAGGACGUCAUAUAUGAGCUGAUGCAGACGGAGAUGCACCACAUCCGGACGUUGCGCAUCAUGUCCGAGGUCUAUAGCAAAGGCCUCCAGAAGGAGGUGCAGCUGGAGCUGCAGAUGUUGGAGAAGCUGUUCCCCGCCAUCGACGAGCUGCUGGAGCUCCACACGCAGCACCUCCUCCGCCUCCUGGAGAGGAAGAAGGAGAGCCAGCUGCAUGGGGGGAGCACGGAUGGAGGCUUCAUCAUCAACAGGAUAGGGGACAUCCUGGUCAGCCAGUUCUCAGGGUGCAACGGCGAAAGCAUGAAGAGGGUUUACGGAAGAUUCUGCAGCCGCCACAACGAGGCCGUGAACUUCUACAAAGACCUCCUGACCAAAGACAAACGCUUCAAGGCCUUUAUCAAAAAAAAGAUGAGUAGCAGCAUUGUGCGGAGGCUUGGUAUCCCAGAAUGCAUCUUGCUGGUGACCCAGAGAAUAACAAAGUACCCAGUGCUAAUUCAGAGAAUUCUGCAGCACACUAAAGAGAGCGAGGAGGACCACGAGGACCUGACGCACGCCGUCCGGCUGGUGAAGGAGGUGAUCGCCGCAGUCGACAACAAGGUGAACGAGCACGAGAAGAGGCGCCGCCUCAAAGACUUUCACGGCCGCAUGGACAGCAAGUCCAUCAUGAUGACGAAGAGCGGCCAGAUCUUCGCCAAGGAGGACCUGCUGAGGCGGAGGCUGAUCCACGAUGGAGUGUUGCAGCUCAAGAACUGCCAGGGGCGGCCGAAGGACGUCCACGCUCUGCUGCUGUCGGACGUCUUCGUCUUCCUCCAAGAGAAAGACCAGAAAUAUGCCUUCGCCAUGCUGGACCAGCGCUGCACGGUCAUCUCCCUCCAGAAGCUGAUCGUGAGGGAGGUGGCCAACGAAGAGCGCGGCCUCUUCCUCAUCACGGCGGGCAUCGAGAAGCCGGAGAUGAUGGAGGUCCUGGCCAGCUCUAAGGACGAGCGCAACACCUGGAUGCAGCUCAUCCAGGAGGCCAUGCAGUCCAUGGAGAAGGAUGAGGACGAAGGGAUUCCCAGUGAAACGGAAGAUGACAAGAGACAACUGGAGACUAAAGCCAAGGAGAUGCGAGGUGAGGGGAACACUUCUAUAGUGCCACAAAGCCACAAAACUGUUCUCCUCACCGUCCGUCUCUGCCGGUCAGAUCUGUUGAGGCAGAAGGACACAGAGAUCAUGUCUCUGCUGGAGGAGAAGGUGCAGCUCUUCAGGGGGAUGUGGGAGCCUCUGAACCCAGGGGAGGAGGUCUACCGGCAGGUCCAGCCUCUCUUCCGGUCGGCCUGCAGCCUGGAGCCGCCCGGGGGGGCGUCCAUCAUGUUGAACGCCCUGCAGGAGGUGGAGACCCUGCAGGGGCUGGUGAACGGCAGCCUGGGAGGGGCCAUGGCCGGCGUCCAGGAGGGAGGGGGAGCGGGGCCGGUGUGUUUGCCCCGUCGGGCCGAGACCUUCGGAGGCUUCGACAGCCAUCAGAUGCACAGCAGCAAAAGUGGAGACGUCGACGAGAGCGAGGAUACAGCGGCUGAUCUGCGCAGGACGGAGUCCGACAGCGUUUUGAAGAAGGGAGGAAACGGCAACACGCUGCAGCUGCUAAAGAGGAACAGUGAGCAGUUCCUCAACAGUGUCUCCAAUCUGCAUUACCUGCUCAGCACCCUGCAGGCGGUGGUGGUACAGCAGGACAGCUUCAUCGAGGACCAGCGGCAGGCCCUGAGCGAGCGCUCCUCCUCCCUCACCUCGCUGUCGCGGGCGUCCUCGCGGCCCAGCUCGCUGAUCGAGCAGGAGAAGCAGCGCAGCCUGGAGAAGCAGCGGCAGGAGCUGGCGUCCCUGCAGCGGCAGCAGGCGGCUCACGCCGAGGAGAAGAGGAAGCGGGAAAAGGAGUGGGAGACGAGGGAGCAGCGGCUGACGGAGAGGGAGGGGCAGGUGCACACCCAGCAGGAGGAGGAGGUCCUGAAGAUGCAGGGUCAGCUGGAGGAGGAGAAGCACGGCCUGCAGAGCAGGAAGGAGGAGUACCAGAGAGACCUGGAGCGACUGAGGGACGCCCAGAGGAAGCUGGAGAGGGACCGGGAGGCUGUGCAGCGAGAGCUCGACAAGAUGGAGGAGAGAAGUACCUCUACGACGUCGGAGGAGUCCCUGAUCUCCAGCAGCCCCCAGUCCCUGCAGCUGGACCCGCCGAAGCUCUCCUCGUCCUCCUCGUCCUCCUCUUCCUCCCUGCUCAGGCUGCAGCCCCAGCGGUCGAAGCCCAAAGGGAAAGGCCUGAAUCCCUUCACCUCGUCCUCCAGCAACCUCAGAGGAGGAGAAGCCAACCACCAGAUCUCAAAGAGCCUGCUGCAGCUGGCCAAGAACAAGAGCAAAGAAGAGAAGGAGAAGGAGAAGAAGAAGAAGAAGAAAAGCAAAGGGGGGAGCACGCCAGAAGCAGGUAGAGAAUGACCCCUCCCACCUCCCGGAGACUCCUCGGGAUGGAGAGAUCUUCUUCUGCUGAAGGCGAGGUUCUGCAUCCAUCACAGCUAUUCAUGGGGAAUGUGUUACUGCCAAGUAGUAAUAAAUGCAUCUCCAUACGUAAUAAUGCAGGCUUUUUUGCACCUUUAACAUCAUCCUUGAAAAUAUCUCCACAUUAUGCAGUCAGGCAUUUUAACUUUACAUGCAAGAGAGAAAUACAUUUUUUUGUAUAAUAUAAUGAACUGCUUUCAGUUAAAUGUUUUAGGAAUUCUUCAAGUAGACAUACAUACUUUUAGAGUAUUCAGUUCCCUUUUCCAAAGAAGAUUUUUUUAAUUGGAAGAAUUCUGAAUUUGGGAGCAUCAAAUGGAAAGCAGGUCGCUCCAUUGCCUUUCCAGGUUUUGGGGAUUCUGUUUUAGCCUUUUCUACCCACAGACACAAGUGAAUGACAACACUGGAGAUGUAUCUCCUGACUACUUUACAACAUCAAAAAAGCCACAGAGGAAAAUCUGCAUCAUGCAGUGACAUGGCAGCAUGACCCCUCCCACUCAAAAGAGGAUUCACACUGAGAGAAAACAUUCCUUUAUUUGCUACUCAAAAAAGCAUAUCUGGUCCACUAAUUCUGCCUUCUGUUGGUGCUUAAAUUCAAAUUCAAACACCUCCGGUAAUCUUCUAUAAAGACUUUAUGCCAUCUAUCUUGCUGCCGGGUUUUAAUUUAUUUGAAUAAUGGAUUCCUCCAUUUGCCAGUGAAACAGUGAUGAAAGGACGAGACAUAUCUUCCCGCGUCUAAUGGAUCAAUUCAUAUCCUUUAGUGUGUUCUGGAGCCGUGGAUGGAUAUUAGCUCCAUCUUUUUACACGGCCCUCAUCUCUCCAGCGGAGCUUUACCUUCCCUUUGCUUUAUUUUUGCUUUUCUAAUUGUGCGUAACUCUGCAGGCAGCAAACUAUCGGCUCCGGUGUGUCGCAGCGUUCCUUCACAGUGAAGGAGGCUGUUAAUCUGGGGACAAAGCAGCUGGUUAGAGGAUAGAAACACGCCGCAUGAGGCUCUGUUCGGCUUCUAAAGAACCCACGCUGUCAGGAAGCACUUUGGUCCAAAUACGUUCAUGGUUUCUUUGCUUGUGUUCCCUGUGUGAGAUACCGACUGAGGAGAUCUUUGCUAACUGGGGAAUUCAAAAUGUUUUUUUGUUUUAACCGAUGCUCACUGAUCCAAAGUAAUGUUUCCACGGUGACCUGUGUUUUAUCCCCACUAAGCCCGGCUUGUGAGCCACACACAAACGUUACCUGCUGGACAGGUAGGAAGUAAAAGCUCUAAAAGAUAAAUAAUAGAAAGCUUCUAUUUCCCAUUGACUUACGGAGCAGCACCGACCUGCUCUGAGAGCGCCUCUUUUGUCUGGCGUUUAAGUGCUCGUCUAUUAGCUGUGCUGAGGAUUUGACUUUGUGUUCCCUGCCUGGUUUUAUUAUAGUGUGUCUUCUAAGAGGCUUACGGGGACAGCCAAUUAGUUGCUUCAUGUCUUUUGUUUAUGGCUUUUUGGAGUAAUCCAGUCAAAGAAACGGAGAAGAAUGGGGCCUCUUGUUUUGUUCCUGGCCGGCUUCGUGUGUUUCGACCACUAGGGGGCACUGCACCUAUGACAAGAUGAGUCCCCCCUUCCUCCCACUCACACCACAACAACGUUUAAACUUUUUUACCUAUCCUGCCUGCCGUGAGACAUUGAGAUAUUUUUCUCAGCGGGUACGGAGAUAAUGUGAUGAGAGUGGGCUCUCUCGCUCUGUGACAUUUUCCUUGCCGCAUUUGUAAUUGAGUGCCGAAACAAAUAAGUUGUCAGAGAUUGUAAUUGGUUACUCGGAGAGAGCAGUCAGCAGCAGCUUUAAUGUGGGGGGGGGAAGCGGCCGGGCAGAACCACAGACCCCUCUCUGUAAAAGACAAUCAUGGUGAUGAUGAUGAUGAUGAUGAUGGGGCUGUCCAUGAGAUGAGUGUGUCCAUCAGGUCACCCUGCGUAGCCUUAAAUCUUAGACAAUAAAUGCACUAAAGUAGAGCUGAGCGUCCUCAGGAGAGAGAGACAUCGUUUGGACUCUGCUUUGAAGCUUUGAAGGAAGAGUUUUGCACCGUCAAAUUGGUGCGGAUUUGUUUUGUUCCCAACAAUGUAAAAAAGAAAAGACAAAGGGCAAAACACAACAUGUAAAUAUGAUGUAUGUAUAAAACAGAUCAAAUGUACAAAAAAGGAUGAUCAGUCUUUUGCGAUCUAUUGCAGCAUUUUGUAAGUGUUUUAUUUAUGUUUCAUGUCAAGUCACAUUUCUCUCACAAUAAAGAAAAAAAAUCAUAAUGGA